CGUUAAAAGUCGAUGAAGAAGGUGAAAAGAUUCACAUCCACAAGAUAAAGAAGAUCACAGUAGGACCUAGCCGUUCACCACCUGGUAAAGGCAUUAAAAGUUACCCAAACGAAAUCAAAGCUUAAAGGUAAUGUGAAUAAUUAAUGGGCUUUCGGCCCAAUUAUAUACGGCAGGGCCGGCAGGCUUUAUGAUUCAGCAGACUGUAUAUAAUGUAUUGGAACUUGAAAGAUUCAUUUAUAUUACUUUGAGGCUAAAGUGUAAUUACUGAAACUUGAAAGGGCAUGUUUUCUCAAUUUCACACUCUUUCUCCUCCCACCGCCGUCGUCUCCUCCUCCUCCUCCUCCUCCUCUUCCUCACUUGUGAAAUCUGAGCUUGUCUGAAUAACACCAAUCCCGAUUCCAGUGUUCGGCAUACUCCUGAGUUUCGUCCUUUCGUGACUCAUCUUCAUUGGUGAGUGAGUCAGUCAUUUAGUUGUGAGAAUGCCAUCAAGAAUUGCUUCAAUCCGUCUAGUAAGUUCUCAUCGUGAGGUCUACGAACCAUGCGAUGAUUCAUUUGCGUUAGUUGAUGCAUUACUAGCUGAUCGAACCAACCUGAUAGAGCACAACCCUAAGGUUUGUAUGGAGAUUGGUUGCGGAAGCGGGUACGUCAUAACUUCGCUUAUACUUCUCCUUAAAAACGAAGUUCACGGUGUUCACUAUCUCGCCACUGACACAAACCCAAUAGCUGCAAGAGUGACAAAAGAAACACUAAAAGCACAUGGAGUUGACGCUGAUGUUAUCUGCGCUGAUAUAGCCACCGGUCUAGACACAAGACUUGCUGGAUCAGUGGACGUGAUUGUUGUGAACCCGCCUUAUGUGCCAACACCAGAAUACGAAGUUGGAAUGGAAGGUAUAGCCUCAGCUUGGGCUGGAGGUGAGAAUGGUCGGACGGUUAUAGAUAAAAUCUUGCCAGUGGUGGACCUUUUGCUAUCGGAGAAAGGUUGGCUCUAUAUGGUGACGUUAACUUCGAAUUACCCUGUAGAGAUUUGUCUGAUGAUGAGAAAGAAAGGUUACGCUUCGAGAAUUGUGGUUCAGAGAUCAACAGAAGAGGAGAAUCUCCUUAUACUCAAGUUCUGGAGAGACAAGGAUGAUGAUGAUGAUGAGGAGAGCAACAAGGACAAGGAUAAGGAGGAGAUAUCAUCACCAACGUUUGUUUCUCAGUUUUAUAAAUCUUUGUCAUUGCUUAUGGAGAAGAAACAGAAACAACGGCGUUGAUACUACAAAAGAUUAGUUGUUCUCAUAAAUCAUUCUUUGUUAUGAAGUUGUUGUAAGCACUAUGAUUUAGUGGAGUUUAGUAUUUGAUUUUUUUGAAGUUCA